AUGACCACUGCUCUGGCCAGACCCAGGAGAAAGGGCGCUGGCAACAAAAAUUACUCAGAUGCGUACCCAGAGCAGCUACUAGAAGCGUUGGAUCCCCCUGCUGGAUCGGCAGCGACGAAGAAUUCCAAUUCGGCAAGAGGUAAGAAACCUUUAGCACGAGGCUCGGCUACCACUCCCACACCAAUAUCAACGGGGAGACUCCCUUUCAAUUGGCAACCUCCCGCCGGACCAGGCGAUUAUUUCUCCCAGAAACUUAACCUAGAAGGCGCCUACAUAAACACGAGGCUCCAGACCUUGUAUUGUCCUGAGCAUCCGUACUACGACAGCAAGGGUGGAGACAAGGCGACUGGACAUGUGCAGCUGCUUCUAUCGCUGCACCCAUCGUUGGCAGGUACUGCAAGAGCGGCCUCAAGACGACGAGCCACCAAGGAGCCCUAUUUUUGCUUGAAGAAGGGCGACUACAUCUACAUGGUGAGUGAGCCUCCAGGCGAGCCUUACUACAUUGGCAGGGUGAUGGGAUUCACGAGGAAGAGCAAGCAAGAUCUCAGCGAGGAGGAGCCAGAGCUCGUAGACGCCUCGCUCUAUGUUUUCCAGAUUCAAUGGUUCUACAGACCCAGAGAUAUUUCUAAACACACGUCGGACUCUCGUUUAUUGUAUGCUUCGAUGCACAGCGAUACGUGUCCGUUGCAGAGCUUUCGUGGCCUCGUGACAGUCAAACACAAGGCGGAGAUCGAUCUCCCGCCUGGUUCCUCCAAGGAAAACACGCCAAUGUCGGCGCUAGAGGCUUACUGCUCGAUCCCCAACUGCUUCUACUUCGAUAAGUUGUUCGACAGGUAUAUGAUCAAGUUUUACGACAUCAUAAAGACUUCCACGCUUCUCCAGUACGUCAGCAACGCCGCCAACAACAGUCAACAUUACAUUUUGGCGCUCAAUAAGCGGUUUGAGUUCAUCUUCAUGGAACCUUCCAGAAGCAAGCAAUUCAUCAACAACUUUGAUUCGACACUGAGUUCUCACUGUGACAUCUGCUCUGAGUGGUGUGCUACCAACGAAUCAGUCACCUGUGCCGGGUGUGAAAAACACUUUCAUAUGCUAUGCUUAGACCCCCCACUUCUAAAGAAACCAAGCAGAGGUUUCAGUUGGUCCUGUGCACUUUGCACCAAAAAGCACGAGCUUGAAUACCAAAGCAAAAAGAUGGUUAUGCUUUCUCACGACAACAAAUCUUCCAACGAGAAGGAAAUUUCCGAAACGAGCGAUACGAUAGAGUCCACUCCUGAAGAAGCCCUCGAGGAAGAAGCCCCAAAAAGAAAAACUGAGAGGUCUCUUCCGAAGUAUGAGCAGAUGGCCAAGAACUUCUUGAUUGCAGAUGCAGCUCUCACCGUCGAGGAUCGCAGACUCAAGGAGGAAUGGAGUAUGCGGUACUUGGGUGUCCACACUAGACUCGAAGACGCCGUCGACUUAGACGAUAGAUCACCUUAUCCUAGAGCCUCCACAAGUUUGGGGCCGAAGUACCAGGCUUCUAACAUUCCUGAGUACAUCGACCACCCUAUAGUGUACUACGACGACGACAAGGCCACCGAAAACGGCAAGAAAAAAGCCCCGGCUAAGAAGGGCAACAAGAGAAAGACUGUGGAAGAACAGACCAAGCCUCUACCGCUCCCAAAACAGUUUCAGGACGUUCCUCGGAAGGAGUUUCCCCAAUGGCUUCAGCCUAGACCAAAAGGCUACAUCGAGCGUGGUGUAGAUGACGGCGAAGGUGAAACUUGCACCCUUUUAUGGAAGAACCGGGAAGAGGACUUGGCAGACAAUUUUGCAAAGUUUGAUGACUAUGUUCGUGCGUGUAACCCAAUUGCCCAGAAACUCAACAUGUAUCCGACGUCUCCCAACUUUGUGGACGCAAUUCUCAAGAUUUACUACGACUGUGAUGGGGACACCAUUGCCUCCAUGGAGCAAGUCUCUAAACUCACUCGGGCUUCAUUAAAAGAGCCUACAUUCACUGCGGAAGAGAUCAGGCGUUUUGAGAAUGGUGUUAAGAAGUACGGUAGUGAAUUGUAUCCCACCUACAAGCUUGUGAAGUCGCAGCCGUGCUCCAUGGUUGUCAGAUUCUAUUACUUGUGGAAGAAGACUCCCAGAGGACGACAAAUUUGGGGUAAUUUUCCAGGACGCAAGAAGAAGCCUAACGCUGCAAGGGACGAGAAACCAGCGAAGGAGUUCGAAUCCUUGGCUGAUGAUGAGGACGAUUCUUCAUACGAAAAUGAGAAGAUUGUUAUUAAACAUCGCAAGUUUCGAUGCAAACACUGCAAAACGUACAAAUCGGUGCAAUGGUUUAAGAUCACCGGAUUUGACGAGAAGACAGUCUACGACGACAGUAUUGAAGAUGAUGUUGAUCCGGACGCAGUAAACGCUCUCUGUUUCCGUUGUGCCAAGCUCUGGAGACGUUAUGCUGUAUAUUGGGAAGAUCCUCAGGAGGUCGAGAGGAAAAACACCAAGGGUGUUGGAGGCUACAGAAGGAAAGUUGAGGCAGAGUUGGUCGCAGACGCUGAAAAGAUUUUAGCGAGGGCUCAGCAAGAAGGUGGAGGUCUAUCAUAUGAUAUAGUACCACCUAGACCUGGUGAAAGCUGCGUUCUCAUCACUGACGGCUUUCGUCCGACAACUUUGGAUGGAAAUUUCAGUGGCCAUUCUCGGCGCCUUUCGGGUCUCAACAGCCUGGCAGCAAUUCCUACACCCCGAGCAUCCACAAUUAAAACUUCUACUGCUAAGGCGCCUACCUCAAGAAACAGGCUGGAAUCAAAUAAUGUCAAGGCGCCUGCUACUGUUCAAAAACCUUCUCAGCAAAUUAAAACAAUAAGCUCUCCCGCAAAGUCACGACAGCGGGCCAAUGGGACCCCAGUCAAGACUGAUGAUUCUUUGGAGACCAAGCGGAAACCUCUUCAAUCGACGAACGGAAAGGCGAAAGCAGAACCGAAGGCAAAGCCAAAGAAAAAACCUUCGCCCGUGAAAGAAGAAUCGAAAGACAAUGUGGCUGGUGCCAAGGUCGAAAAGACACAAAAUGGAACGACGAAGAAGCCCAGCAAUGUAGGGAACACCAAAAAACGUGCCCUGCUUGAGGAUCAGAGCAAGAACGCUGAAGGGUAUGAAAAAGUACAGCCACCAAAGACUAAGCGACAAAAGCGUCAAACCCCAUCUGAAACUUUGAACAUUGUCAGUCCCAUUCUUAAUCCUGACUAUAUUGUUCCCGCAAACACCAUCUCCAAAGUUGACAAAAAGAUGUAUCCCGCUCUCAACGAAAAUGUUCUAAAAGAGAUAAUCACAAAUUUCAAAACAAGACAAUUAGUCGAUCUCAAACUGCUCACACUGGCCUUUCAGGCACCUUCUCAGUCCGCCAUAGAACUUCCAUUUUCAGUGAAUGAUAGAAAUUGCUGCAUUUGCAUGGAAUACGACGAUAAAGAUGACUCUCUUCUUGAGAUGCUCAUCUGUUCCAAUUGUGGUGUAAAUGUCCAUUCCACCUGCGCUGGUAUAGCUAUAUCAGGUAAACAAAAGCCAGUAAAGCAAUGGCUCUGUGAUGCUUGCGUCAAUGACCUUAGCCCGCAAUACUCAACCACGUAUUCUUGUUCUCUUUGUCUCGCCAACGAGAUGAACUACGAAUACUCUAUUCUGGGCUCACCAUCUGUCAAGCCAGACUAUUUGACCCCUGUGCUAGAUUCUGGGAAGUGGGUUCAUUUGUUGUGUGCCUUGUUCUCACAUAAUCAAGUUUCGUUUAGAAAUAUUAUACCGCCCUCUUUUAUUUCAAAAGAGGUGAUGAAUUGUACGAGCACUAGGCACGUCGGCUGUGCAGUUGAGAGCGUUUCGAAUGUUUUCGUUGAAAAUUACACUUCCAGAUGUGGAAUUUGUAAAUCCUACAGUGGUGCUAUGAUUACAUGCGACGCUUGCCGUGGGGAAAAGUACCACAUUACCUGCGCCCAAGAUACCCCAAAUUUCAAACUCGGCUUCAAGCUCGUGCCUCAAAAAAUAUCAAGAGCGAGCACAAACACAUAUAUCGGAGAAGAGACCGGUAAGUUGGAGCCGGUCCUUCUUUGCCCCAGACAUGACCAGAGAAACGCUCUCUACAACAUGAGAGCUCUGGGGAAGAGAACACUCAAUGGAGAGCUCAAACCAUUGAUGCAGCUUUUCAUUGAAGACAUUUGUCGUCUUGCAAAUCACAGACUAACUGGACCGCAGCUUAAGGCACACAACUACAUGAAGAUGAUUGAGAAAUUCACGCAGACCGAGGAAGAAUUGGCUGCAAAAGCGAGAGAAAGUGGUCUGCCUCAGAAGAAUAGUAGUUGCAAUAAUCAUGUCUGUGAAGUUUGCAAGCUUACAGCGUCACCGAAAUGGUGGCCUUCACCUGAAAAACCAAACGCCUUCAGGUGCCAUGGUUGCCAUCACCUGAACGAUAUGGGGAGAAUCGCAGAGGCCGAUGCUGAAAGUGCCCAACUUGUCAACGAGCUCAACGAGCCAAUAAGAGCGGAACAUUUUGGUCUCAAAGAACCGCUGGAUCACAUAUCAAAAGUUUACAAGCCUGUCGACGGGAAACCUAAUGUGGAACGCUCCAUGAUUACACUAAGCGAGAUAUUAUGGUAG